AUGAUUUUUGGUUGGCGAGUCCGGCUGUGGUUUGGCUGAUUUUGAACUUGUACGAGUAAUACUCGUACCAAGAAUGGAACAGUUAUUCACAAACAAUUUAUAAUUGCAGUGGCUAGAAGAGAGCUCCCGAUAGGUUGUAGUAGUAACCCGUUGUGAGUGCUAUCGGACUUCGCGACAAAUCUAUUCUCUCCUCGAAGCCGACUGGGAAGGAGCUGUUUAUCACUGGCUUUCUGAAUUAUUUCUCGAAUCUCACGUUUUUGCAUUGGGAAGCGACAUGGUUGCGUGAAAGUGGCCUGAAAGAAAGACUGAGAGUCCCUAGGGACUCAUCUAGAGCACCGAUGGCCACGUCAGCGUCAUCGGAGGCCGUCCCUAUCCUGAAAAAUUUCUUCAUAUACAAUCCAACGUUUGGCCCCAGAGAAGGCGAGGAACACAAGAAGAUUCUGUAUUACACGCCCGAAGACACAGAUCUGGACUUGAAAGUUCGUCAUGUCGGCCUAUGCGAAGCUAUGGUACAGUUCACCAGGACGUUUAGUCCGAACAAGCUGUGCGACGUUCUACACACGCUGAAAUCGCGUCAGUUCUUCAUGCAGCCGGAGCCCGAUUAUUGGAUAAUAAUGACGGUGAUGUUGCCAUGCAAGAAGUCGACAACAAAGGACGGCAAGACGGUGUUUGAGUACAAGGAAGAGGACAUCCAGGACACGCUGUAUCAGUCUGUUCUGGAGCUUGCCUAUCAAAUGUUUCGUCUGUUCCACGGCCCGUUUGUCUACAUCCGCAAGCAUCAUGACGUUGACGGUCUGCGUCACACAAUGAACCAUUUCUUCUCCAAGUACCUGCCCCAGAUCCGAUGGCCACAGAUUGACCUACUUGACGUGUUCAACGGCCUGAGCUUCUUACCGCUGGACAAGAACGUGUUUCUACGCGUGCAGAGCUUCAUCAACUUACUGGAAUCCAGCUUUAGUCGUAUCAAGCACACUGUCUUCAUGUUUACUGAUCAGCUGGUUUGGAGUGGUCUUGAGCAGGAGGACAUGCGUGUACUGUACAAGUACUUGACAACCAGUCUUUUCCCAGUCUGCUUCAAGGGAGAGAUUGUAGCAGCACCGAGUGCGUCCAAUCCAGACUGGUUACUUGUCAACAUGUCCGGUGGUACUAAGGGCACCUCACCCACACUGUCCAGGAACAGCUCAGCGUCUAGCGGCAUCACAAGUACCAGCAGUAGUAGCGCUACGUCGCAUCAAGGAUACUUCUUGAACGGGCCAAAGAACAUUCAAGAUCCUAACACGUCAAUAAAGAUGCCGCGUAUCUUUGUGAACACAACCGGUGGAGACGACAUGGAAGAGCUCAAUCUCCUCGUGUACCAUGCCAUGGGAGCCACUGUCUGUUUCAUGAUUGACGGCUCUGGUGCACCGUCUUAUGAGUUUUGUAAGCGUCUCGACACGUUUGUCGGCCCGCAUCUCUCCAGCCUGGCCAAGAUGAUCACCGACUACCUGCAGAGUAGGCGACCGGCAAGCACUGACAGCCAACACCGCUUUAUCUACUUUAAUCAUAUGAACUUAGCACAGAAGAGCAGUGUACACAGUCGCAAGUCUCCGUUCGUCACCAUCUCGCAGGAUCUGAUGCGCCUGCUAGCGGAUAUCAACUCCGACUUUCAAAAGUCUAAGGAAGACGGUGAGACGGUCAUCAAGACGAUGACCGACUGCUGGGUGGUGGGAAGACGCUCGGACCAGCGAGAGUUCUUUGUCGUGCUCAACCAGAAGAAUGCAAACUUGAUUGAAAUCAGCGAGGAAGUGAAAAGACUGUCUGCUACCAACUUCAACAACAUUUUCUUCUUGGAUUAGUGUUGCCGGUGGAUGGAACCGGCGACCACCCGCAUGUGGCUAGCGGCGGGGGAGAGGCUGUGGGCUGUCGCCGACUGCGGUGAGUAUUCCCGGAGAGAACCGAGGAUUGAAGGUGGCGCUCGUGCUGUACAGCACACGCGCGCGCAUCUGUAUUCGCACCGCGCUUAUUUUGGCAGCUUGCCCUCACCUAUUGAGCAGUCCGCUUGUUACAGCCGAGGUUCAAUACCCACACCCCUCCUCCUCCCGGUUGACAGCCAGCACUGCUGCCAACACACACCAUUGGUUUCUAAAACGUGCCCAACGCCGCCAUCGGCAUACGUCUCUUGAAGUUGCAAGCCGUGUUCAAACCUGUAAAUAUGUUGCGCCUCGGCCUUGCGCCCUGCUCUCGUCUAUAUUGGAACAUAUCAAGCUGCAUUCGCUCGUUGUACAGUUCUUGUAAAGUCUGGCUGGUUUUCGUCGAGUUUUCUGUAGUUUUUGUGAUAUCAUUCGGAGUUACUCAUGAAAUUGCCCCGUUUUACAUGUUGUUCCCCCCCCCGAUUAUGUUAGUACAUGUACACAGAGUGGCAUGGCUACUGCUUCACACAGCUUGUGUACAGCAUGCCUAGAUCAGUGUGCUGUUGCUCUGAUCUCACUGCACUGUCGUACAGCAAGACUUAGUACAGGGACUUACCCAGCACUUCUCUGUGUCGCUCUCGGCAACAAAGGAAUUUUUGAAUAUUUUGCGUACGUUUUAUUAAAACUCUUGUAAAGAUCAUAACACUUCAUGCGAUCACUAUCAUGAUAUCAAGUGUACAACCGUGAA